CUUUAUUAAACAAACAAAAUCAAAACCCCAAACCCCCUCCCUCUGUUUCUCCCCUUUUCCCACUCACACUAACCCCACUCUUUCUCUCUCUCUCCCCCCAACAGUGCUAUCUGUCGCCUUCAAUUGCGACUUUCCACCACUAACCCCCCCCCCCCCCUCUCUCUCUCUCUCUCUCUCUCUCUAUUGCCUUCGUAUAUAAAAAAUUAGGGCUUUUGGGAAUGAAUCAAAUUGGUGGGACAAAGGACCCUGAGGGCGAGCCCGUGGCUCAGUCUGUGCCCCUACAUCAAGACCCUCCCAAGGGUUCCGAGAAGACCGAUUCCGCCGCGGUCAACGCCCAAGACCAAGAAUUCGUUGUAGACGAGAAUCCACAGCAGGAACAUUAUCCAAUGGAGGAAGAUUCCGUCACCCCUGCCACCGUUUUUUCCAUCAGGCUUAAGCAGCCAAGGUCCAAUUUGCUGCACAAGAUGAGCGUUCCUGAACUUUGUCGUAAUUUUAGUGCUGUUUCCUGGUGUGGAAAACUGAAUGCUAUAGCUUGUGCAGCAGAAACAUGUGCCAGAAUCCCAAGUUCAACUGCUAAUUCACCAUUUUGGAUCCCAAUUCAUAUUGUGAUUCCAGAACGGCCAACGGAGUGUGCUGUGUUCAAUGUCAUAGCAGAUUCUCCUCGUGAUUCUGUCCAGUUUCUUGAAUGGUCCCCUACCUCUUGUCCUCGUGCAUUAUUGAUUGCAAAUUUCCAUGGGAGGGUAACAAUUUGGACGCAACCUGCUCAAGGGCCAGCUAAUCUUGUCCGUGACACUAGCUGUUGGCAGCGUGAACAUGAGUGGCGGCAAGAUAUUGCAGUUGUUACAAAGUGGCUAUCAGGGGUGUCUCCGUAUAGGUGGCUUUCAUCCAAAUCGAGUGCUCCUGCCAAUUCAAAGUCAACCUUUGAGGAAAAGUUUCUUUCACAGCAAUCUCAAACUUCAGCUAGAUGGCCGAAUUUUUUUUGUGUCUGUUCUGUGUUCUCGUCGGGCUCAGUUCAACUUCACUGGUCCCAGUGGCCUCCUAGUCAGAAUGGCACAACACCCAAGUGGUUUUGCACUAGCAAAGGACUUCUGGGUUGUGGGCCCAGUGGGAUUAUGGCUGGUGAUGCUAUCAUAACAGAUAGUGGUGCCAUGCACGUGGCAGGUGUACCAAUUGUUAAUCCAUCUACCAUUGUUGUUUGGGAGGUCACACCUGGGCCUGGAAAUGGUUUCCAAGUAACUCCAAAGACAAGUACCACUUGUGGUGUUCCACCUCUUAGCCCACCCAACUGGGCUGGUUUUGCGCCUUUAGCUGCAUAUUUAUUUAGUUGGCAAGAUUAUCUAUUAUCUGAAGCAAAGCAAGGGAAAAAACAGAUAGACCAAAAUGUUGGUGAUGCUGUACCUCUAUAUUGCUCCCCAGUUUCAAAUUUUUCGGCAUAUGUGAGUCCUGAAGCUGCAGCUCAAUCUGCAGCAACCACCACAUGGGGUUCUGGUGUAACAGCUGUAGCCUUUGAUCCAACUCGUGCUGGUUCCGUGAUUGCUGUUGUGAUAGUUGAGGGACAGUACAUGUCCCCUUAUGAUCCGGAUGAAGGCCCAUCAAUUACAGGAUGGAGAGUGCAACGCUGGGAGUCAUCUUUGCAGCAUGUUGUUCUCCAUCCUAUAUUUGGGAACCCUACUUCUAGUAUGGGUGGACAACCACCCAUGCAAACUGUUUGGCAGUCGAAAGUGGACCUGAGCAUACCUCCUACCAAUGAUUUCAAGAACCAUCAACCACCUGCAAAUGGAAUGGCUGCUGAUGUGCAAAGGGUAUCUGAGUCUGUUUCUGAUAAAUCAAAAAGGGUCAAUUUUGAUCCAUUUGAUCUUCCAAGUGAUGUCAGGACGCUUGCCCGAGUUGUUUACUCUGCUCAUGGUGGUGAAAUUGCUAUUGCUUUUCUUCGAGGUGGUGUCCAUGUCUUUUCUGGUCCAAAUUUUUCACCUGUAGACAAUUAUCAGAUUAAUGUUGGAUCUGCAAUUGCUGCUCCUGCAUUUUCUUCAACAAGCUGCUGUUCAGCUUCUGUUUGGCAUGACUCUAGCAAAAAUUGUACAAUAUUGAGAAUAAUCCGUGUUCUUCCUCCUUCUGUUCCCAUUAGUCAAGUAAAGGCUAAUUCGUCAACUUGGGAACGUGCAAUUGCUGAAAGGUUUUGGUGGAGCCUUUUAGUUGGAGUUGAUUGGUGGGAUGCUGUGGGAUGCACACAGAGUGCUGCUGAGGAUGGUAUUGUUUCACUUAACAGCGUUAUUGCAGUUUUGGAUGCGGAUUUCCAUUCUCUUCCUUCAGUUCAGCACAGGCAACAGUAUGGUCCUAGUCUAGACAGGAUAAAGUGUAGAUUAUUGGAAGGAUCCACUGCCCAAGAGGUCAGGGCGAUGGUUCUGGAUAUGCAAGCUAGGUUGUUGUUGGAUAUGCUUGGGAAAGGAAUUGAGUCUGCAUUGAUACAUUCUUCAGCUUUGCUGCCUGAGCUCUGGCAAGCCUCAGGUGAAACAUUAUCCAACAUAGACCCUGAAUCAAUGGCUGUUGAACCAGCACUAAUUCCUAAUAUUCAGGCUUAUGUGGAUUCAGUUCUUGAUUUGGCUUCGCAUUUUAUUACUCGUUUGCGACGUUAUGCAAGUUUCUGUCGCACAUUGGCAAGUCAUGCUGUGACUGCAGGCACUGGAAGCAACCGCAAUAUGGUGGCUAGUCCCACGCAAAGCUCAGCAACACCUGCAACAAGUCAAGGUCUGUCCAUUGAUCAAAUACAAUAUUUUCCAGGUGGUCAAAAUGGGACCAGCAGUUCUAUGGGAAGCACACAGUUGCAAACCUGGGUGCAAGGAGCUAUUGCCAAGAUUAGUAACACAGCUGAUGGAGGGUCCAAUCCAACUCCUAACCCAAUCAGUGGCCCUUCUACAUUUAUGCCUAUCAGCAUUAAUACAGGAACAUUCCCUGGAACACCAGCAGUUAGACUUAUUGGGGACUGUCAUUUCCUUCACAGACUAUGCCAACUUUUGCUCUUUUGCUUUUUCUUUCGACGAACGCAACUUCCUCGCUAUAUGGGGGUUGCUAAUAGAACUGCCGAUGCAAAUAUACAAAAGCCUCAAUCUAAUGGACCUCCUCCUGGCAAGGUGGAGGAGGUUGCAAAACCAGUUUCAGCUGUGGUUAAGUCAGAUGAUGGUCAGACAGGUCGAGCUGGAGCAAAAGGAGGUGAAGAAGCACCUUCUGGACGUUCAAGAUUGGGUAGUGGGAAUGCUGGCCAAGGAUAUACGUUUGAAGAGGUCAAGGUGCUUUUUAUGAUGCUUAUGGAUCUAUGCCGCCGAACGGCAGGGCUGCAACAUCCAUUGCCAGUUUCUCAGGUGGGGAGCAGCAACAUCCAGGUUCGGCUGCAUUAUAUUGAUGGAAACUAUACUGUACUGCCAGAGGUUGUGGAAGCAUCCCUUGGUCCACAUAUGCAGAAUAUGCCCCGUCCUAGAGGUGCAGAUGCUGCUGGUCUUCUAUUACGUGAACUAGAACUCCACCCUCCAGCUGAAGAGUGGCAUAGACGGAACAUGUUUGGUGGACCUUGGUCUGAUCCAGAGGAGGUGGAUUGUACAAAUGAUGCACCUAAACUUAUUUGUUCUGACCCACUGGAUUUCAGCUCAUUGGAGCAUUGUGAUGCCUACUAUGGAACUCAUCGCCUAUGGCCAAGGAAGCGCAGGAUGUCUGAAAGAGAUGCAGCUUUUGGGUUGAACACUUCUGUGGGUUUGGGAGGUUAUCUUGGUAUAAUGGGAUCUCGAAGAGAUGUUGUUACUGCAACAUGGAAGACUGGCCUUGAAGGGGUCUGGUACAAGUGCAUAAGAUGUCAGCGGCAGACUUCUGCUUUUGCUUCUCCAGAUGCUGCUUCACCAAGUCAGAAUGACCGGGAGAUGUGGUGGAUCAGCCGCUGGGUACAUGGCUGCCCAAUGUGUGGCGGAACAUGGGUUCGGGUUGUAUAGAUGGCUUCGUUAUUUUGUUUUAGUAUGAGUUUCAAAGGGAGGGAUGCAUAUAUUUGUGGCUAACUGUGAAAUGAAUGAUAUGGAAUGCUUAUAGGAAUUGUACAGCAGAAAAGGUGUAGAUUUCCUUGACAAGUUUGUUGCAGCAUGUUAUUGUUGGUGGCCAUACUAUCAUAUGGAUUUGAGUAGUUUUCCUGCUGAUCACUACUGGUUUUCAAUUAUUUGAAAUCAGUUCAUUCAGAUCUCAAUUUUUUUGGGAAUUAUGCUCAAGUCACUCCACCAAUAGGUGUUAAUUAAUCCCUGGGCUGUUUGUAGUUAACUCCUUGCAGGUAUGUACUAUCUUGUUUUGACUAAUCUACUUUUUCUUUUUUUUAACAAUAUUGACUUAUCUAUAUUUGAAAUCACUAAAGUGCAUCCCGUCAUGAAUGACAUUUGGAUUUUUUUUUUUUAACUUUUUGUUUGGAGAAAAAAUUCAAUCUGAUUGUCCACGAGAUGAAAUUCUAACAUUUAUAUUAUGUUUUAAAUUUACAUUUGAACUUGUUAGAGCCACCAUGUUAUUAGUAACUUUCCCAAAUUUCUCUGAGAUAACUAUUUACUCAAAAGCUAUGUAGUUUUGUUUUUAUAAUGUACAAUGCAUUUACCGUGUGAACUAGUCAUUAUUAUUUAGCUUUAGGUUUAUAUAUGAUUCUGGUCUCUAGAAAUAUUUACAAGUUUCUAGAUCUAUUUAUUUCAAACCUUUUUAGUUUUGAUCCCUAUAUUUUUAAUUUUAGUUAGUCUCUACAUUUUUUUGGCAUUUUUUGUUUUGGUCCCUUUCACUGUGGCGGCUGCACAAAAAAUUGACAUGGCAAUGGUGUCAUCAUUUAACAGUUAUUGAGGAUUAGAACUGUUGAGGUUUGAAAAAUCAGGGACCACAAGAAACAAAAAAUUGGAGGGACUAAAACAAAAGGCUUGCUAAAAUGUAAGGGACAGAGACAUAUUUAAGCCUUAACUUUAUAUCUUAAGACAUAAUGGCCUAAAUUUCUAAGUAAAAUUAUAAACUGUUAAGGCUAAUAAGAUGGAAGGCCUAAAUUAUUUUUGUGAAGCCCCAGUGGUUGUUUCUGGUAUGAAUUUUUCAUCUGUUUCAAGAUAUGUUUUAUUUCUUAGACGGACGUGGUCCAUCAUAAACCAUUUAAGAAAAACAAUGAUAAUACUUGAAAUCCUGCACUUAUGAAAAAUGAUAGAACAGAAAGUAGUGAUGAAAAAGAACAAAUGAUAAUAUUCACAAAUCAGUAUGAGUACAUAUUGGUUUAUAUAGAAUAGAAGUAGGAAAAAUGGCAUCCAGUUAGUUGCAUCUAACUAAAUGAGCAUUUAUUACAAUCGAGAAAUAUAAUUACUCCUAUAACAAAUUAUUAGUUAAGAGGCUUCCUCUUCUUCAUGUGUGCUGUCAAACACUUCAAUUAUUUAUUAUUUAAGUUCUUGGAUUUUUACUGUUGACAUUGUCCACUGUGGGACCAUGUUCGCCCGAGACUUGAAAUUAGAUGGACAGUUGCGAAGUUAUAACAUUAAAAUAACAUAUCUGUUGUGGAAAAUGCAUGAAAAAUCAGUUGGAGGAUCAUUGUUUAAUUAAUUCUGUCUCCCUUCCUACCAAAUAAUGGCUUUUAUAAACUACUGAUUCGAUAAUGCAGAUUGUGAAAUUUAUGUAAAAACACUAGUGUAUGUGGUGUUUGAUGCAUGCUGAUGUGGGAUCCUUAGCUGUAAAGGAUUACUGAGGUUGGUGCUGGUGAAUGAGAGUUUAGGAGCCUAUAUUAGUUGUCACUCCCGAGAAAGCUCUGCAUAAAUGUCUCUUCAGCUGUAUUUAUAGUAUUUAGAUGAUGCACCUUCACAUUAACACCGUCUUUGUUCGUGACUAGCUGCCAAGUGGAUUCCGUACUAACUUGAGUAGUUUGUCUGUUUGCCAGCAAAGCCAUGUAAUUGUUAGAUUAGCACAGCAAUUUAUUAUCUUCUCGUGAUCCCUGUAAAUUGAUUAAACGUAUUAUUUUAUUUAUUCUUUUUUGUGUGAUAUUUAAAUGCUUUUGUGAUUUU